CGAAGAGGAGGAGAGAACCCCGCGACUGAGAGGACGAAGCGAGAAGACGCUGCAGAGAGACCAGCACGAUGGCGAACCACCGCUGAUACUUUGGGAAUCCAAAGCACACGCGCGCGCAGGAGUGUCACACUUGGACUCUUCAUUUUUUUUCUUGCAUCUUUUUACCUCGGGGGUAACACAGGGAAGCCUCCAAUGGGCUGCCUUGCUGUUUGGGUCGUGGUUCUGGCUGCCUUGUCAGCCUACAGCCAGGCCGCGGACCAAAGAAGAGGCGACAUGGGUGCAGCGAGGAUCCAGCAGACAUCCUUGGAAAUGCCAUCCACGGAGCGACUCGAGUUGGCCGGGAGCAUCGAUCAAUCCAUCUCCGAACCGGACGGUGGACCCUGCAGGAGGACUUACUGCGGCCGUGGCCGCCAAUGCGUGCUGAUGGCGGCGACCGGUCGCGCCGAGUGCGUGUGCCAGGAGAAAUGUCAUUCGUCCUUCGUGCCAGUGUGUGGCUCGGAUGGACGUUUCUACGAGAACCACUGCGAGGUUUACCGCAUCGCCUGCGUGGAGCGGAGGCGCGUAUACGCGGUGCACAGCAAGGAUUGCUUCUUCAAAGGUAACGCGUGCACCAUGUCGGAGUACAACCGUCUGAAGAGCUUGCUGUUGGACAUGAAGACCGCACCAGGGAACCCUGGGACCGAACCCAACCAGCAGAGGGACAUGGACGCCAGGCGGGUGCUGGUUGACACCAUGUUCAAGUACCUGGACGUCAACCAAGACGGACGACUGGUCUCCGAGGAACUGGAAAAGAUCUCCAUAAAAGAACAUUUGAACGACGCCUUGCUGCGAUGCACCAUGCAGGACCUGCUUCGCUACGAUGACUACAACAACGACGGACACCUCAGCCUGCAUGAGUUCUACACCGCCUUCCAGGUGGUCCAGCUGAGCCUGGCGGAGGACCAGCGUGUCAGCGUGUUGGCGGUGACGGUCGGCCUGAGCGCCGUGCUCACCUGUGCCAUUCAGGGGACACUACGGCCCCCCAUCAUCUGGAAGCGGAAUGGCGUGGUGCUCAACUUCUUGGACUUGGAGGACAUCAAUGACUUCGGGGACGACGGCUCGCUGUACAUCACCAAGGUGACGACCAUUCACAUGGGGAACUACAGUUGCCAUGCCUACGGCUACGAGGACCUCCACCAGACGCACGUGCUGCAGGUCAACGUCCCUCCGGUGAUCCUGGUGUACCCGGAGACGCAGGCCCAGGAGCCUGGCGUGUCUGCCAGCCUGCACUGCCGCGCCGAUGGCAUUCCCGACCCAAAGCUAGUGUGGUUGAAGAACGGUGUGGAGCUGCAGCCGCAGUCUGCCAAGCAGCUUUCUCUCAAAGCCAACGGCAGCGAGCUGUUCAUCGGCAGCGUCCGCUACGAGGACACGGGCGCCUAUACCUGCAUCGCCAAAAAUGAGGUUGGCGUGGACGAGGACAUCUCUUCGCUGUUCGUCGAAGAUUCAGCCAAGAAAACGCUUGCAAACAUUCUGUGGCGAGAGGAAGGUCUGAGCGUGGGCAACAUGUUCUACGUGUUUUCCGACGAGGGCAUCACGCUGCUUCAGCCCGGCCAGUGCGAGAUCCGCCGGCAAAUCAAGCGCACCGAGAGGAUUGUCACCACAUACGAGGAGAUGUGCCCCAAAGGCGAGGGUCCAUCCCCCCAGCGCUGUGUGUGGUCAUCAGCGGUUAACGUCCGAGAGAAGUACAUCUACGUGAGCCAGCCCCUCCAGAGCAGACUCCUGGUGGUCGACAUCCAAGCACAGCGGGUAGUGCAGGCUGUUACCACAGAUCCAUUUCCCGUCAAGAUGCUCUACGACAAGUCACAUGACCAAGUGUGGGUGCUGACGUGGGGCGACAUGGACCGGACGCACCCAACGCUGCAGGUAAUUCCUCAAGCUAGCGUGGGUGAAGUCCAUCACACCAUCCGCACCUCCUUCCAGCGGGUCAGCGACUUCUUCAUCCCGCCAACCAAUCUCAUCAUCACUCAUGUGAGGUUCGCCUUUGUCUUCCUCCGAGAUGAGCCGGCGCUGCACAAAGUGGACCUGGAGACCUUCCGGCGUGUCAAGACCAUUAGUCUGAAAGACUACAGCUGCGUCCCGGCCAGUAUGGCCUACACGCACCUGAGCGGCGUCUAUUUUGUCCAGUGUCGUGGCGGAAAAGGCCAGCUAAUGGUGGACGCCGUGACGGACACGGUGGCGGGGCGCAAUCGCAAUGUCAGCGGCCGGGCUUUCGUGUCGCCAGACGGGCGCUAUGUGGUAACACCCGGGGGCGGCACCGACGGCGCCCGACUGACACUGCAGACGGUCUCCUUCCAAGGGGAGCUGCGCCUCCGACAAGAAACAGAGGGCCUCGCCGCCAUCUCGGACCUGGUCUUCCAGCCUUCCUUCGCCGCAUCUAACCGAUACGUGGCGGCAGCCACCUCGGACUCCUCCGCCGACCUCCUCUUCGCCGAUCUGUCCUCGGGACACACCGAGGUCAUCCGCGGCCUCAAGGAGCCGCUGGGCCCUCGGAGCUGGCCCUGGGGGGCGCCCUACCGGGUAGUGGUCGGCAGCGGCCCGUUCGGACAGUACCUUUUGACGCCGUCGGCUGAGUCACUCUUCGUCCUCAACGGAAAACAAAGAACGCCGCACUGUGAGGUUUCAGACAUCACGAGAGGCAACACGGUGGUCUGGGUCGGCGAGGUAUGAGUAAAAUCAAACAAAAACAAAAAAAAAAAUCUAAUAUCAGUAGGACUUAAUUAAAAAUAAAAGGCCCGGUAUUUAAUUGCAGAACGAGGAGGAUUAAAUUUGUUGGGUUUUAAUGUCUUUCAAAAAAAAAUAAUUGUUGUGAAAGUCCCGUUGGGAGAAAGUGUCAAUGGUGUUCAGUGCGACACAAUUGUACAUGAUUGCACUUCCCUUCCGUGUUAUCACAACAAGUUAGGUACCUGACCAGGGGUUACCACACCACGAACUAUGCACAACGCUCACUUUUUUAGAGUAAAAAAAGCUUUCCGAUUGUUUUUUUUCUGUGCGCGUGUUGAUCGUUUUCACCAGUGCUAACCACAAAUGUCAGUCAAUGUCUGCAUUUAGUAUCCGUGAGUCCUUUUAGACGGUGUAUUACCCUUUACCUAUCUCUAGCCGCCCCACCUUUCGUAUGUUGUCAUUCAAUUCUAUGCUGCCGGGAACGACGUUGCCUACUCUUCUCGUCGUAACUGCAGACCUUUGAAAUGCCACUUCAGGCUGUGAGCAUUUGUAUGUGUUUUAGUUACACAUACAGUGGGGCAAUAAGUAUUUAGUCAACCACUAAUUGUGCAAGUUCUCCCACUUGAA